AUGACAGUUUUGUUCGGUUUUGCGGGUUUUUGUAUGUUUUAUGUUUUUAUCGGUUUUUAGGUUUAGUUUUUGUUUAUUGACGGAUAACAGAAAACUGAGUGUGAGUGAAACUGAAAUAAUGAAGUGAAUGAAUAUAAUACUUUUAUUUAAAAUUAAGAGUUGAUUUAUUUUUAUUUGGACAAUUUGUAUAUCUUUCCGAUAUGUACAAAAAGACUAGUAUCUCUUGUUUGGCUAGAAAUUGUUGUAAUAACUCUGGAAAAAGCAAUAUCAGCUUUUUUGCUUUUCCCAAAGAUGUUAAUAGGACAAAAAUUUGGUUAACGGCAUGUGGACGAGAGGAUUUUUUGGGUAAAGCAGAAAAUUUAAAUGAAAGUUAUCAUCUUUGUGGUACUCAUUUCGAUAAUGAGAUGUUUCUGAAUGAUAUGAGAAAUCAACUAGAACCUUCCGCCGUUCCCACAAACUUUCCUUUACUGGAGGGCACAUCGUCUGGUCAUUUUGAUCAUACUUAUUCUACAGUAGUUCAAAACGUGUAUCUUCCAAGAUGCUCUAUUAAUCAAGAUGACUCAAUAUACAUAGAAAGUCAACCAUCCACAUUCCUUGAUCUGGGAGACAUGAGGAAUGAAUCAGAAGAUAACUCAGUUAUGAUUGUAAAAGAUGAAAUUAAGGAAGAAAUUGUUGAAGAUGACCCAAGGUAUAUAAAGAGUGAGUUAUCUACAUCUCUUGAUCUGGGAGACCUGAAGAAUGAACCAGAUGACUAUAAUUCAGCUAUGACAGAAAAAGCGGAUGAUAAGGACCAGUUUGUUAAAGAUGGCUCAGGAUAUAUAAAAAGUCAACCAUCUACAUCCCAUGAUCUGGGAAACAUGCGGAAUGAAUCAGAAAGUAACUCAGUUACGGUUGUAAAAGCUGAAAUCAAGGAAGAAUUUGUUGAAGAUGACCCAAGAUAUAUAAAGAAUCAGUUAACUACAUCUCUUGAUCUGGAAGACCUUAAGAAUGAACCAGACGACUAUAACUCAGGUACUCUUGAAGAGGAGAACAUAUCGAAUACUAUGAAGAAAACAUAUUAUAUAUGUGUACCUGUACAGUCGUUUAAUUUAGAACAAUGUAAGGGCCCACUUGUUGAAGAAAAAAAAAUUAAAUGUGUAAUUUGUUUUAAGCAACUUGCCCAAAGUUCAUUAAAAGGACACAUGAAGAUUCACACUGGAGAAAAACCAUACAAGUGCACAAUUUGUUGCAAGCAGUUUAUUCUGAAAAGUAAUUUGAAACGUCAUUUAGUGAGAUCGCAUAGGUCUACAUCAGAAAAUCCUGUCAAGUGCGAAAUUUGUUUUGUCAAGUUUACUAAAGCAGCUUAUUUGAAACGACAUAUGAUAAUUCACACUCGAGGAAAAGUCAGGGAGCAGUUCCCGAUGGAGCAGUAACCUAAAUUCCGCUCCCUAAAUUCGUGACAGCGUAUCACUUUUUGUUAUAUGUGAGGUUAUAUACUUGCCUCUGCACAAUAAUUUUUUUACUUUAUAAUCAUGAAAUCAUGGUCAAAGACCAUGUUUUGUUUACCGUUUGCGAUAUUUUUGGAUUAUUUUAAAAGCAGUAUCAUGGACAUGAAUAUUACUCACUAUGUUUUCCGAUUUCUCAUUUCAUAACAUUCAUAAUAUAUGUUAUUUGUAUAUAUGUAGUCCAAGUAAUGAAGCUUAAAAUAGGACAAAACCUCGCAAUUUUUACAGAAUGGAUCGAUUUGCUUGAAAAUUUGACAAUAAGUAGUGGAUAGUCCAAGGAUCAAAAUCUAUAUGAUGCGGAAAGGCGCUUUGACCAUGGGGGUGGUUGCCACCCCAUCACGGGGGUGGAAAUUUUUUAUUAUAUUUUGACCGCAAAAGUUGACAUUCAUUCUAAGCAAAAAACGUUCUAUACAUUUUUUUCAUAAAAUUAAUAGUUUUCGAUUUAUUCGCUAUCGAAAGUGUUAGUUUUAUAUCGAAAAAAUUAAUGUUUUUAAUCAGUUUUCUGCUAAUAACUGUAGGAUUGUAAAUAGUUUACCUUAUAUUUUAAAUUCCCCUGUAUAUCAUUUUUCUUAAUUAUUAGUACGAGAACGGGAUAAGGGUCUCACAUAUGGACGUUGGCACAGAUGUGCAGAACGAAUUGGGGAUUACGGCGACGGUAGCGGACUACUUUUAACUAUAUAGUUUUAGUUUAUUGGAAAAAGACGGCGGCGGGUCGGUACAUACUUUGAACCAAUUUUAAUUGGCUUCUUUCACAGGAAAAAAAAGAUUAGCCUAAGAGGGUUGGUUUUAGCGUAGAGAACUAGAACGAAUACAGGAGUCGAUUAUAACAUCACAGCGACGACAGACGCGCUCUUAGGGAUAAUACUUAGAAAAGACGAAAUAAGACGGGUAUUAUAUUGAUUAGACGCAAAUUAUCUAUAAAUACAUUUCGUUUUUUGUAAGAAUAAGAACACGUAAGAUUUUGGUCGCAAUUACACACUUUUACAUUUCGUCAAUUUAAUAGUAUCAAUAAUUUAGUCAUCUAUUUUAUUAAUUAAAACUGUUAAACAUCAAACGGAAUUUUAUUACGAUUGUCUUUAAAGAAAACCUACAUAACUCAAAAAGUUUUCGUUUUAUUAAAACAACUUUGCUUAACAAAAAUGUACCUUUUGAAAAAAUAAACAAAACCGUUUUUUUUUUAUUUUCUUUAAGACCAAUAGUAAUCGAGCUAUACUUUAUUAUUAUGUUAGCUCUUUCUCGUCAAAUGCUAAAUAUUGUAGUUUCAAAGUCAAAAGACGGGAAAACUAUGCAUUUUUCGAGGAUAAUUUGUUGAAACUAAUUUAAAGCAUUUAAACAUAUCUAUCCACAGAAAUAAAAAAAAGUCUCUAGCUCAAAAAUUAAGUGACUUGUAAUGAAAAGAAUGUCAGUCCCUAUUUUUUUCAGCGAAUAAGUGAUCGGAAUCAACCCCAUAAUUACCACUCUAAUUAAAAUUAGUCAUUUAGCUUAUUUUGUCUUCUUUAUUUAUGUUAUUAAUAGAUUCUAGUAGUUUUAAAAAGAAUGGAGUUAAAAGCGAAUAACGAAUUUUUGUAGUUUGGUAAAAAAUUCCUUUUGCUUCCGAAUAGAAAGAUUAGCAUCACAGACACGAAAAAAUGUUUCAAUAUCAAAUUGUAGCUUAUUUAAUUCCCAAGAACUUGGUUUGAAAAAUUUUUUCUACGGCAAAAAUUGAGUGACCUAUUGAUAAUUAUAACUUGUAAUAACAUGCAAAAACCACCUUUACCAACACUUUCAAAGUCACCUCUUUUUGCGACUGAAGAUAUUAAAUGGAUUUAAUAUCAAUAGCCUUAUAGAUCUUGUAAAAACCUACAAAAUUCUUUUUUACCAAACUUUCUAAGAUAAAAAAUAAAAUAGUUACAGUUAAAAAAUCAAUAUAUUUUUUGAACAAAAAAAGGAGAAAUCCAAUUGGAAGCAUAAUAAUGUAAGUUAGCGGUGUUUUGAGUCGUUGGCCUUAUUUAUUCUUUUUUUAUUUAUGUAUCAUUAACGACGUUCUACACCUUCGUUACGGGGUAUGCCUCUCAGAGGAAAGGGGGAAACUUAUAUACAAGUGAAAGUUGGUAACAAUGCAUUUAUAGCAGAAUACUCAAAUCAUAUGUUUUAGUAUUGAAUACUUUAUAAAAAUAAAUUAUAAUACAUUGUGGAAAUUACGGAAUAAAUUACGGAAUUAGUUAUAAUAAAUAAAUUAAAAAUUAAUGGUACGGUAAACAAUCCUCAUUUUUUAAUAUGUUAUUCCUUACAAAAAAACCUUUAAUUUAAAGCACAAAUAAUUAAAAAUCGUAGAUUUGGGUCAAAAGUUAUUAAUUUUUUAAGAAUUCCCAUAAGAGCCCAUGUUAAAACUUAACUUUGACCCUUAAUAAUAAUUAAACGGUACGAUAAAACAAUUUUUAAAAAAUCAAGUCUUAGUUUUUUUAAGUAAACUAUAACAUACUAAAAUUUCAUGCAAAUCUUUAAUUCUUUGCCGAAGGUGUAGAACUGGCUUAGAAUGAUUAGUUUUUAAAAAACUGGAGUUAAAAGCGAAUAACGAAUUAUUGUAGUUUGGUAAAAAAUGUCAUUUUCUUCAGAAUAGAAAGAAUAGCAUCAGAGAUAUAAAAUAAUGUUUAAAUAUUAAAUUGUAGGUUAUUUAAUUCCCAAGAACUUGGUUUGAAAAAAUUUUUUCUACGGUAAAAAUUGAGUGAAUCGUAAAUGAGUAAGUAAUCGAAAAACAUUGAAUUUUUCGAUAUAAAACUAACACUUUCGAUAGCGAAUAAAUCGAAAACUAUGUAAAAAUAAAUAGCGAAAAAAAUGUAUUGAACAUUUUUUGCUUAGAAUGAAUAUUUUUAUCAACUUUUGCGGUCAAAAUACAAUAAAAAAUUUUCACCCCCGAGAUGGGGUUGCAACCAACCCCAUGGUAAAAGCGCCUUUCGGCAUCAUAUAGAUUUUGAUCCUUGGACUAUCCACUACUUAUUCUCAAAUUUUCAAGCAAAUCGAUCCAUUCUGUAAAAAUUGCGAGGUGAAAAGCUUCGGUUUCUGGACUAAUGUUACAGUUCAAGUUGAUUAUCCAGUUGGAGUUGACUCCAACUAGUUGGAGUCAACUCGAACGGCUGGUUUCAGUAAAAGUUGAUUAUAAAUAUAAAAUGAAGAUUUAUAUUCAACAUUUACUAGUAAAAGUAGACUCCAACUAGGAAAAGUCUACUCUUCCCAAUGCCAUUUAGUAAAAGUUGAUUCUGAUUCACACAAACAGCCGAUUCUAGAAAUUAAAUGUUACUGAAUAUGUUCAAAUUAGUCUAGGUUGUAUCGUCGCCCCCGUUAGGUAAAUUAUUCCGAUUCGAAUUUUUUGCACAAACUUACUCAAAAAGAGGUCCUUAUAACAAAUCUACUGGGUGCCAGGCAGUACCUUGAUCGAUAAAUUGUUUAAACAAUUUUUUUUAGACAAAUUCACAAAAAUAAUUUUUUCACUUCGAACCAUUUUUUUUAGUUCAUUGAGUUAUUCUGAGCAAAAAAAGGUAUUUUGUGAUUUUUCUCUAAAAUUGAUUGUUGUCGAGUUAUACGCGAUUUAAAAUUUGUGAAAUGCGAAUAUGACUAUUUUCAAGGCUUAAUAACUCGUAAAAUAGUUAUUUAUGUAACAAGUCAGUACAGUGACUCUUUAUCGAACGAGUCUGAUAUUACGAGCAGAGGGAGCUAAGCGAUCGAGGCGAGUAACAGACGAGUUCAAUAAAGAGUCUUUACGGCCGUGGUGCAUACAAAAUUUUAUCGCCAAUCGUAAAAAGCAUUAUGCAAUUUAAGAUUUUUUUUAUUUCAGACGAAAUAAAAAUUUUGGAUGACAGUAAUGACAGAUGACUUUUGCAUGAUGGCCGGUUUCGAUGUUUAAUCGAUAAUUAUCAAUAUUGAAUAACUAAUUACUAAAUCUGUAAAGUAUUCACUUAUUUUAUAUGAAUAUAAUUGAAAAACACUACACAGAAUUUCAGUUUUUAACAUAAAUUUAAUUAACAAGUAAUUGGACUUCGUAAGUCCUAGAUUUUCACCCAAAGUAAUCUAAAGUAGAACUGGAAGUCGAUAUUUGAACUCUUCGUUUAACUUUGCGUCGAUUGGUAUACGAUUUUACUAAUUUUGAGUCAUCUUUACUAAAUUUUGGUUCAUAUUUGUAAGCAAAACCAAAAAGUAGACUCUAACUAGUUAAAGUAUACUCUUCCCAAUGCCAUUUAGUAAAAGUUGAUUCACGCAAACAACCGAUUCUAGAAAUUAAAUGUUACUGGAUAUAAUUAUGUUCAAAUUGUGAUAUUUAUAUUCCAGGCUGUAUCGUCGCCUCCGAUAGGUAAAUUAUUCCAGUUCGAUUUUUUUGCACAAACUUACUCAAAAAGAGGUCCUUAUAACGAAUCCACAGGGUGUCAGAUGGUACUGUGGUCAAAAAAUUGUUUAAACAAUUUUUUUAAACAAACUCACAAAAAAAAUUCAUUUAGGACAAUUUUCUUUACAUCAUUUGGGUCGUUCGGAGCAAAAGAGGUCUUUUGUGAUUUUUCUGUAACAUUUAUUGUUCUCGAGUUAUACGCGAUUUAAAAUUUGCAAAAUACGAAAAUGACCAUUUUGAAGGCUUAAUAACUCAGUUAAAAAUUAUUAUUAUGAAAGUCCGAAAGUCACCAAAUAAAAUUUUAACGACCCCCCUACAAGAUACUGAAGAAAUUUUUGUUAUUAUUUUAUUACUAAGCGGUUUUUUUUAAUUAUUAACAAUGAGCGCUAGGAGCGUAUUGACGCAGCUAUCAAUGUGAGUGCGAGUGAGAUGCAUCAUUGCACCAUUUUGACAUUUAAAAAUUCAAACUUUUGUCAAACCACAAAACUGUCAAAACUUUUUUUGUAAUUUAUUGCUCACGUAUCAUCACCAUGACAAGGCGAAAGUUCUUCUUCUUGUGGUGCUUUCUUCUUUAAUGGAGGUUAGCGACUAUACUGGCAAAUCGGUCUCUGUCCAAUGUGGCUCUAAAAACAAAGAUGUUGAAUCAAGGCCGGUCCAGUCUCUGAUAUUUCUAAGCCAUGAAAUCUGGCGCCUACCGGGACCCCGUUUUCCUUCAAUCUUACCCUGGAUGAUCAGUUGCGUGAGGCGGUACUUUUCAUUUCUCAUUAUGGUGUCCCAGGUAGUUAACUUUUCUGACUUUAAUAAUUUUUAGCAGUUCCCUACCUGUACCUAUUCUCCUCAGAACAUAUUCGUUGGUGGUGUGGGUUGUCCAAGGUAUUUUCAAGUCACUUCUGUAAAGCCAGAGUUCAAAGGCGUCCAACUUGUUCAUCAGUGUUGUGUUGUGUCCAGGCCUCCGUUCCAUACAAAAGUAUUGACCACACAUAGCAAUGCAGAAAACGACAUCUAAGGCUGAUAUUAAUGCUACUGUUACAAAAUAAGCUUUUCAUUUUGAUAAACCCCUGUCAGGCUACCUCUAUUCUCGCUCUUGACUUCUUGUUUAUAAUCAAGUUGAUUGUUGAACCAGCAACCAAGAUAUUUGUACUGGCUUACGUAUUCAAGCUGUUGGUGUUUCACAUAUUUAUUGGAAGAGGUAAAUUUUUGUUCCUUGAUAUUCUUAUAACUUUGGUUUUCGCAGUAUUGAUCUUCAUCCCCAUUUUUCACAACUCUCAGUAACCCUAAUGCUGCUUGCUAAUGUUUGUAUCUUUGUGCCAGAGUUUGAAGACAGAAUAUUGCUUCUCGUGUCCCCAUACCUUUCCUGAAGCCAAAUUGUUCUUGACCGGUGACCUCAUCACAUUUUUUAUAAUAUAUUCUGUUCUGUAUGAUACGCAAGAAAAGCUUCAGAAUGUUAUUUAAUAGACUUAUAAGGCGGAAGUCCUGGCAUAAUUUGGCGUUCUUCUUUUUAGGUAGUGAUAUGACGACUGAUUCAAGCCAUAUUUUAGGGAUAGUCCCUGUAUUGUAAACAUUAAUAAAUAGUCCAAGAAGAAGGUCUAAGUUUUCCUCGCUGAUUAACUUCAAUAGCUCAGCUGGUAUUUCAUCUUUCCAGACCUUCGUCGCUUUCGGUAUUUAAUGUAGGAGGUUCUCUGAUGUCAUAGAAGAGUUCCUUUAUAUAGUCUUCCGACAUGUUUAUUUGUUCUUCGGAGCUUGAAAUCAGUUUGCCUUCUACGUUGAUUAGAUUAUUUGGUCCUUGUGAGUAUGUCGUGCCUGUGAAUUCCUCGAGUUUCUUAUACAGAUGGAAGUCAUCAUGCUUUUUAUAUAAGUUUUCGAUUUCACAUUGUUCUGUUAUCCAUUUUUCUUUUGCAAUUUUUAUUUGUUGUUUAAUGGUUCUAUUUAAUGCUUUGUACAUUGCUUUGUGCUGUUUGCAUUUUCUUCUUGCAUCCAUUAAAUCCAAUAUUUCCUCUGUCAUCCAUCUUUGCUUCCGUGGUCGCUGUUUUGUGAGCAUUUCAGUUGCCGUUGCAAGGGCGUGUCUGAUUUCCUCCCGAAGGCGAAAGUUAAGGAUGUUUAAUUACAUGAAAGUGUGCUAAAAAACAGUGCGAAAAGUAAAACCCAUUUAAAAUACAUUGUUACUUCAGACACACUUUAAGCCCUUCAUGUAUUGCUAUCUAUAUUUACAAUUUUCACACAAUAAAACCUUUACUUACAUAAUAUGAGAUAGAGUAGAUAAAAAUUAUUUUUGUGAAUUUGGUUAACAAAAAUUGGUUAAACAAUUUUUUGACCGCGGUACCGCGUGACACCCUGUGUAUUUGUUAUAAGGAUUGUUAUACGGAUGUAUUUCUUUGAGUAAGUUUGUGCAAAAAAUCGAAUCAGAAUAAUUUACCUAACGGGGGCGACGUUACAGACUAUACUAUACUAUAGUUGAUUUUUUAACCAAGAGGAGUAAACUAAAAAGACAGAUUCACACCCACGAAAGUUACUAGAAAAGUCACCAAAUUCAUCUUCUUUUUUCGUUGAUCAUAUCAGCUUUCGAUGAUAAUCCAUACAUAUUAUAUUAUACUAACACAUCGCUAAAGAGUUCUAAAAACAACUGUUUUUAUAUAAAAGUAGACUAAAAACCUAAAAAUUAAAAGAAUAAUACAGAAAACACAAAAAAUCGUCGAUAUACUUAAUUAACCUAUAAAAUGACAGAAGUGCCAAAAUUUCAUAAAUGUCAUAAGUGUCAAAAUUUAAUAACCGUGGAGUAAACUUGCCUGCGGUUGGACCAAUUAGAAACAAGCAUUUCGGCGCGGUAAAUUUGAAUCACUCCUCUUGGUUAAAAAACAAACUAUAAUAAGUAGUUGAAACGGUCAAAACAAAGAAACGCACACUCAUCAAAAAUGCACUUGAGAUUCUCGUAUAAUCAACAUUUACUGAAUCGAUCCAGGAAGAGUCAACUCCAACUAGUAAAAGUUGAUUUAAAUUUUUAAAAUCAACUUUUACUACUCGUUUCAGUUGGAGUCAACUCUAACUGAGAAUCAACUUGAACUGUAACAUAUACACAUUAUCUUAUACAGGGUGUCCAGAAACUCUACCGACAAACGAAGACAGGAGAUUCCUCAGAUAAUUUUAAGACAAUUUAACCAAAAUUACCUAGUCCGAAAAUGCUUCCUAAGGGAGCUAGAGCUCUUUGAAGAUGGCGUCUUGUAAUUAGUUUUUCUUAAAUACCUCCAGAACUCUUCUAGUUAGAAAAACGAAAAUUGGUACACAUAUGUAUCUUCCAGAGAUAAAUCAAUUCCAUCCAUUGCGAAUUUCUAGUACCAGUCAUAGGCGCCCAUUUUGGGUGGGGCAACGGCUGUUUUAUCGCAUAACUUUGUCUUUAACUUUUAAGCAUAUUUGAUACUGCAUUAUUAAAUUGUGAGGUAUUUUAGUUCUAAAAGGUACUCUUGCUUUAAGUCGGUAGGACACACCGUUUUCUAGAAAAAUCGAUUUGAAAAUUUUUCGUUUCCUGAAUUUGAAGAAAAAUUUUAAAAAAUUAAAAAAAAAACGGUGUAGUUUACCAACUUAAAGCAAGACUAACUUUUAGUACUAGAAUACCUCAUAAUUAUUUAAUAAUCUAAUGUCAAAAUUUUUUAAGAAUUAAACACAAAAAAGUUAUGCGAUAAAAUAACCCUUGACCUACCCAAAACGGACGCAUAUGACCAGUACUAGAAAUUCGCAAUUAAUGAAAUCGAUUCAUCUCUGGAAUAUAAAUAAACGUACCAGUUUUCGUUUUUUUAAAUGGUUUUUUUUUUAAUUUUUUUUGGAAAUUCAAUACACGAAAAAUUUUCAAAUCGAUUUUUCUAGAAAAUGGUGUGUUCUACCGACUUAAAGCAAGAGUACCUUUUAGUACUAUCAUACCUCAUAAUUUAAUAAUCCAGUGUCAAAAAUGCUUGAAAGUUAAAGACAUAAAAGUUAUGUGAUAAAAUAACCGUUGCCCUACCCAAAACGGACGCCUAUGAAGGGUACUAGAAAUUCUCAAUAAAUGUAAUCGAUUUAUCUCUGGAAGAUAAAUAUGCGUACCAAUUUUCAUUUUUCUAAAUAAAAGCUUCUGGAGUUAUUUAAGAAAAACUAAUUACAAGACGCCAUCUUCAAAGAGCUCUAGCUCCCUUAGGAAGCAUUUUCGGACAGAAGAAUUAGGUUAAAAUAUCUUAAAUUUAUCUGAGGAAUCUUCUGUGUUCGUUUGUCGGUAGAGUUUCUGGACACCCUGGAUAUCUUAUAUAUUUUAUUUUACAUAUUAUAUCAAAUUGACUUGCCACAAUUAAAAAAUUUUUUUUGUAAACGUAGUCAAUAAAUUUUUGAAUCUUUGAA